GAUGACGAUCAUAUAUACUUUGAACCAGUUGUUUCAUUGCCUGAUAAUUUUCAAGUUAAAACAGGCGAAGAAGAUGAAACAGUUAUCUUUGCUGAAAAAGCUAAGCUUUAUAGAUUUUGCCAGAAUGAAUGGAAAGAAAGAGGUGUCGGAGAGGUAAAGCUCUUGAAAAAAUGUGAAACAAAGUUUAGAUUGAUUAUGCGUCGUGAGAAAAUAUUGAAAAUAUGUUGCAACCAUUGGAUUAGUUCCCAAAUGGAACUGAUUCUGAUGCCGAAUUCAAACAACAAAGCAUUCGUUUGGCAUGCUGAUGAUUUUGCUGAUGGGGAUGUAACACAUGAAAAGUUUUGUAUCAAAUUCAAGACUGAAGAAGUGGCAUUAUCUUUCAAGCAAUGCAUUGAA